CAGCGCCGGGCGGGGGCUCGGGCAGGGCCCGGGCCGAGCAGAGCAGCGGGGACCGGGACCUGUCCCCCCGCAGCAGCGGGGCCGGGUCCCGCAGCCCCGCGCUGCCGCUCUCCUUCUCCAGCGGGAGCGGAGAUGCUGCUUGCCCGCAGCCGCCUGGGGCUGCUGCUCCUCGGGGCGCUCCUCGCUUUCCUCCUCUACCUCUUGCUGCCGGCCGCCCGGCGCUCACGGCCUGACGAGGGGAAGCGGGGUUGGCGCGCGGCCAACGGUACCGUGAGGACGGGGAUGGCUGCGGGAGAGCCCCCCGUGUUCUACAGGGAGGCUCCCGCAGCAGCUGUCGGCCCCGGGAGGCCCGAUGUCCUCUUCCUGCACGGCCAGGCAUUCACCUCCAAGACGUGGGAGGCCUUGGGCACGCUGGCACUGCUCGCUGGAGAAGGCUACCGUGCGGUCGCAAUAGAUCUGCCUGGCUAUGGGGAUUCGCCCCCAGUGGAGAUGGUGGUGACGGCACAAGGCCGGAGGACUUUCCUGGACCAUGUCCUCCAGGAGCUGGGCAUGCAGAGGCCUGUUCUCGUCAGCCCCUCCAUGAGCGGCCGCUUUGCCCUGCCCUUCCUCCUGGCACAUGGGGACCGGCUGGCCGGCUUCGUGCCCAUUGCACCUGUGGGCACCAAGGACUACACUGCUGAGCAGUACCAGGGGGUCCAGACGCCCACCCUGAUCCUGUAUGGUGACCGUGACACAAGCCUGGCUCCCCAGGCCCUGCAGAACCUCCAGCACCUCCCUAAGCACCGUGUGGCCGUGCUGCCCGGUGCUGGCCAUGCCUGCUACCUGGACAAGCCAGAGGACUUCCACCGGGCCCUGCUGGGCUUCCUGCACCAGCUGAAGUGAGCGCUGCCUCCUCCCUGCCAAGCAGAAGGCGUCCAAGGGACUGGGAGACACAGAGAGCUGGCAUGAGGGGUGCUGUUCCCUCUUGGGGUACCCCCAGGGUGGCGGGGGUGGGGACUGGCGGUGUCCCUUGCUGGCAGGACAGGGUGUCGUCUGUCACGAGGCCAAUAAACUGAUGCUGCUCUGC